AGAAUGUUGCUCAUCCAGUGAUUGUGGUUGUAGACACAACCCCCAUCUCCUCCCUGCCUCUCUUCUUUCCCAAAGGGGGCCUUUCAAGCUGCAAAUCCAGGAUGUCCAGCCCCCUGGAACAGGCACUGGCUGUGAUGGUCACCACCUUCCACAAGUACUCGGGACAGGAGGGCGACAAGUUCAAGCUGAGCAAAAGGGAGAUGAAGGAACUUCUGCACAAGGAGCUGCCCAGCUUUGUGGGGGAGAAGGUGGAUGAGGAGGGCCUGCAGAAGCUGAUGAGCAACCUGGAUGAGAACAGUGACCAGCAGGUGGACUUCCAGGAGUAUGCUGUCUUUCUGGCUCUGGUCACUGUUAUGUGCAACGACUUCUUCGAGGGAUCCGCAGAUCGGGUCUGAAGCGGACUCUCAGCCCUAACACGAGUCUCAGACUCAGGAAGACUCUUUCCCUUUUAGUUUUGUA